AAAUAUGAGGUGUACAAUAUUAAUAUGUAAAAACAAAAAAAAUCCACAUUUUGAAAAUAUAUUAUUUCGUUUAAAUAUGUUUUCAUGACUUUCUUGGGAAAUAAAACUCAAGAAUAUAAUAAAAGUCCUUCCUGGUCCGCCCCAUAACCGAAGCAGCAGCCGCCAUCUUGGAGAAAAGUCGAGGCGGUCAAUUUAAAACGGAAGAGCCACUGUUGUGGAUUAGCAAAGCAAAGGCUGUAUUUCAUCCUAAAAUUAUAUUUAUUUUAAAAUAAUUCAUUACAUUUAAUAUCUGAGCAGAGAUUGUCAGAUAUGCUAACUAGCUAGUUGACAGUCGGAAAGAAACUAUUGUUGUUUAGGAUUAUGUGUCGGGUUGCCAGAUGCAUAUUUUUCUUGGGUAAUUGUGUGACGGUUGAGUUUCAUGUUUUCUGUGCGUUCGAUUAAUCGUGUCAUUGGUAUAAAGGCAGGCGCAGUUAUGAACCGUUAUUCUCUUAAAGAGUGUAUGCUGAAUUUUAGAUGUUGAUGUUGAUUUUGUAGUUUCAUAUAUGGUUUGCGUACUACACGGGCUUGAUUUGAGUUUGCAGUUGCCAAUCUGGCAACCUUGGUAGCUACGCAAGUUAUUUAACUGUCAAGUCCAGUGUGGAUUAACGGCGUGUGUUCAGGCGCGAGCUGAAACACACUUUACUGAUCUUUUAAAAUCCUCUACAUCAAACCUGCCCCACAUUCACCACUGACGAAUGUUUGUUUUGCUACAACCAAAUGACGUAUUACAGUAAAAGCAGAUCAGAAAAAUACUGAACAGUUCUGAUCAGAAUAAACAGUGAAUAAUGAAACAAAAAAGCAGAAACGUGAAUCGACUCAGUCCUAAUGAGGAGGAACAACUGAUCCGAGAAGAACUGCAGAGGAGAAGAAAACUGAGAUUACAGCAAGUCCGGGAGCAAGAGCGUCACAUCGCUCUGCAGGUGCGGAGAGAAGUGCAGGAGAGGAGAGAGAGAGAGCUGCAGAGCCUCGCCACAGCGCUGCGGGAUGAAUGGCAAAAGCAGAGAGGAGAGAGAAUACAAUCCCUGGAGAAACUCUACAAGGAGAACCUUCGAGAUGUGGGUCAGGGCCACCGCGAUGGGAGAAAAAAUGAGCCAAACCUGGAAGCCUUGGCUCUGAAAAAGGAAGAGAACAACACACGAGCAACAGAGAGGCAUCAGAAGGCUCUCCGAAACCUCAUCACUCAAAGACAGGCUGAAGCGGAGCAGCGGAAUCUACACAUAGAAGCACGGAAGAAGGCCCUGACGGUGGAGAAGGAGAGGGCAGCGAAAAUCGCCAGCCUUCCACACCCUGGUCCUGAUCCCAUCCAGAACGUUGCGAUUCGGGCUCCACUGCAACCCAAGAUGUUCAACGUGGAACAUUACUCUGUCACCCACUACCACAUCCCAGAGACAGCCGUGGACAGAGAGACUGAAACCGUGCAGCCAGGUGCUCAGGAGGCAGCAGCACUGGAGGCCCGGCGUUUGGAGGAUCAGGAGAAGGAGGAAACCCGGGAUAGGCAGGAGCAGCUCGAGCGUGCACGACUCAGAGGACACCAUGCUCUUCGCAAGGAAAAGGACAUCCAGAACAACGCGAGGAUGCUGCACGAGUUGAAGCGAUUGCACCAGGCCGAGCUGCAGCGGCGUCGGCACGUGGUGAACAGCAUGCCAGCACAAAUCUUUCAGCCGCUGUACAGACAUGAGCAUCUGCGAGCUGAGCAGCAAAGGGAGCUGGAAAUUGCCUUUCAGGACCUGUGCAUCGAAGAUAAAGAAAUCAGAGACGAUUUGGUACUUCAGCUGGGGUCCGAGCCUCUUCCUCCUCCUGUUCCGUCCACUAAUACUGACAAUAGACCUGAAAGUGACUUUGACCUCGAUGUGACUCUUGAACCCAAGGAGACAGCAUGUGAAGAGGAAGAUCAUGACUCAGGGGAGGAGCCUGUCACUUCUCAAACCCAGUUUAUGAGGUCCACGGCGCCUGCCGAGGGUAUGGGUAGAACGGCUUUGAAGAGGCUGCUGGAUCGCAUCAGGACUCAGAGGGAUCAGUGGAGCAGGGGGGAGUCUUCAGACGGGCAAGGAGAGGUCAGAGUGGAGAGCGUCAGCGAUGAGAACGGAUCGGCGGGCAAUUUGGAAUGGCAGCAAGCUUCUAGCCUGGAAGAAGGCACAGUUGAAACAUCACUGGCAGAAAAUCAUUCCAAAGUGAGUGAAGACUCCAUUGUAGCUGGACCCAAACUGCAACUAGAUGGGCAGAUAUCGGCAGUGGACAUGAGAGUGACUGAUGAGGAGUUGAGGAGGCAGCACCAGGAACAGUUGUCCCUGCUACAGGAGCUGGAGGAGAAACGGCGGAGCCUGGAGCUUCAGCUAGAAGAGGCUCAGCUUUGUAGGCAAAGGCUACAAGACGCUCUACAAGUGCCUUCUGGGAAUUGUAGUUUACAGGAAACGCCACCAACACCAUCACAGGAGACGGUUCCUGAACCUUCACCCGAGGUGAACGUGUCGGCCCCUCUGUCAGACAGUAUGCACAUACGGAGACUUCAGCAGUAUCAACAAAGACUCCUAAAUCAAAACCGACGCCAUAAGAAGACUAUUGAUGGCGCUUAUCGGAACCUGGAGGAAUACAAGCGAAUGUUGAAGAUGCGCUACACCCCUGUUACCACGACAGUAGCACCAACACUACCACCUUCAGUUCACGAGGAAACUUUGCCUCAUAGGACGCUCUCGAGCGCUUUCACACACUUUCCAAACCAUGACCCUGCAUCUACAUGCCCCAUCUCCACUCUUCCCAAUAUCGUUCACACAGACCCAGUCCUGCUCAUUCAAUCUUCUCUGCCUAGUUCCAGCCCUGCCCUGACCACACUCCCAGAUACCCAUGUAACGGCACCACCUGCCACAAUCUCUGUGCCCAACACUAUGUCUCACUUGGUGCGUAAAGAUGGCUUGGCUUCGAAUCCAAGCUCAGCAGCCAGCUCCUUAUCAGACACGAAACCUUUAGAUGGACCUUCACAGUACCUUCAAGAUGUUCCUCUCCUCCCCCCUGCCGUAUUUCUGGAAUAUCUUCGAAGCAGGCGUUCUCACGCCAUGCCCACACCCCUCACUCCGCUCUCCCAGCAGGUCCCACAAGAUCCUGCUGUUGUCCUACACAAAGAGCUAAAGGAUACUAACUUGCAUCGGAACACAGAAACGGAUCGGGUUAGAGAUCGGAUACGAAAACAGCGAGACGCCCUGCAAGCAUUAAUCAGAACACAGCAUGCAGAGGAGCAGUCAGCCUCAAUAGGAACGCACGGUGUCAUUGAUGCUCCUGUGAAGGAAAGGAGUAAUGAACCUCUCCCGUCCUCAACGCUGAGUCAAAGCCAUGUUCACACUCUGCAAAACACUGUUUUUGAGUCCAACGUAUUUCCCCCAGAGAAUUCUCUGUGCGAACCGGCGAGCAGUGUACGAGUGAAUCCACCCAUCUCUUGUCCGCCACGGACGCUCCAAAUCCUCCUUCAUGACUUUGAGCAGCACAAACUGAGCACCAUUGAGGAAGUGGACACUCCGGUGAACGUUACCAUGGAUACUGCUGCUGAGGCGUGCAAGGAGAGCCAAUCAGGCGAGUGCUCUGUUUACUCAAACUCCUGCAGUCUCUCUUGGAGUCCGCCCACUACGGGCUCAGGGAGCAGUCAGGGUCCGAGCGUUGGCUCCGAAAUCCAAAGGUCAGAGGAGAGCACAAGCAGACCCAGCAAACUGUCAUGGAAGGAGAUGCUAUGGCUGGAUUCAGCAGCUUCGCAUGCAGGUACAGACUCUUCAGAGCAGCAGCAGGUCGAGGAGCAGGAGCUGGUCUUACCACAUAAUGGAACCUCUGGUAUACCAGAUUAUCUCUCGUCCACCACACUUUCAACUGGCAGCUAUAUCUCUAGUGAACAGGAUCCCAAUCUGAACAUUACCGAUUCUUCUUUGUUCACUACUGAACUUCCUAUGAAAACCGGAGCCUCCCUCACACACUCCAGCAGCAUAUGUGGUUUGACUUUGUCCGAGACAACAGAUUCCUCACGUUGCAGUAGCAGUUUGCAGUACAUCAUUGACAAAUAUACCAAAGAGCUGGACAAGUCCCUCAGAUCAGUUCAUACAGGUGGUAUGCCCACAGCUUUAAACGUCUGUGCAGAGGAGGACACCGAUGCUGGAUCGCUCGCAGCACCACAACCACCGACGCUUCCUUUACAGUGCAACCUGGAGGACUGCCGUUCCCUUAAUACCACUCAGCAGGAUACCUUUCAGUCUCUUUCUCCUGAGAUCACAAACAACACCAUGACCGAAUGUUCCACAACUCUCCAACUUCCAUUCAAUCCACCUGGCGAAGACUCCAACACGGAUGCAUCCGAUUGGCUCGAUUGCAGCCUUCCGGAACACAUCUCCAGUAAAGAAGGUUCUGCAGGCGUUCCUCAGUGGGAAUGGACACUGGGGAACAAGAGUGAAUUCAGGAGUCUAGAAGCUUCAGUCUCACAUGAAGUCCAAGACGUAUCCAAUCUGCAGGACUCUGGUGAGGAGAGUAUUCGCACUCUUCAACUAAAAAGCUUCAGCGAGGCCGAGACCUCCACGUCUACUGAUAGAUCGGAGGAGGUGGAGCACAGGAGGGAGCUGCACAGCUGCCCAAAUGCUUAUGCUAAGAACCGGGAAAAAGCAAAGGAGUUCAGAAUGAAAACCCUGGAGAAACUAAGGCCUAAACAAAGAUAAUCUUUACUCCAGAAUAUUCUGGUAUAUAUCUGUUUAAUUAACAUUUGCCACAUCACUACAGCUUUGUGUCUUUGUACAUCUUUUUUUUGCUAUGUAUUUUAAUUUAUAUAUUAAAAAGACUAUUAUUUCCAAAAAGCUGCCAAAAUCAUCAUCCAUCCAUGGAGUCUACCUUGAGAACACAGAGGCAGGAACACAAUCUGGAUCGGGUUGCGAUACAUCUCCUGGCAAUAUGCUCACACAAACUCGCACAUAUGGUGGAAAUUUAGACACACGCCUCUCAUCUAUGAAAUAUCAUUUUAUUUUCUAUUGUGCUUGAGAAGGUUUAGAAGCUGCAUUUCAGUUGGGCUUCUAAGUAGGUUCUUGUGUUUAAUCCGGACCACUGCAAGUUUGUGAUCUUCUCUUGAGUAUCGAUUAAAAACAAGUAUUGAGAAAG